CAUUAUUUCAGUGAAUAUAUGUAUUUAAAAUGGACCCAAGAUUUUUUGAAAAGUUGUUUGCUGACGCGGCAAGCUUGUCGAAAAAAUGUCCCGAAAACACGCCGCGCGUUAUAAUGGAUGAGUUCUAUCAACAGUUCAAGGCAAUGAGUAAUUGGGAGCUGCAAAGAGAGGCCAAAAUUAUCAUUACAAAGGCCGAAAAAGCAAAGAUCAUGAGAGCGGCACGAAAACAAUUGACAGUCCCAAAAUCGCAACUGCAGGGAAAUUCUAGCCUUACAUUAUCGCCCGUUGCAAAUACAUCAUUAACAAGAAAUAUACGUCGCCAGUCGCAACUGCAGGGAAAUUCUAGCCUUACAUUGCCGCCCGUUGCAAAUACAUCAUUAACAAGAAAUAUACGUCGCCAGUCGCAGCUGGACUGCAAAAUAGCACCGCCGGUUGAUGCGAAUUAUUCAGCAGAAUGUACAAACACAAGCAACGGAAUAAUAGAUCAUUCAGAUAGUAGUGCCAUAAUUUCUCCCUCGGAAGACAAACCACUGAGUUUGUUACGAGAUGAAAUAAAGAAGAAACAACUUUUAAAAAAACGGCGAAGCAGAAGUGAAGAUAAGAUUGAGUUGUCUCAAAAACUGAAUACGAACUCAAUGACUGAACUUCAAAAUUAUGACUGCCAGACCGCAUCUGCUACGAGCUCCAAACGUCCGUCAGUAAGCGAAAGGGAAAGGGUUAAUUUAGUACAGCCACAAGAGCAAAAACACCGCAAACAAAAACGUAACCCGAACACUAUUACGCAGCUUACUCCAAUGGUUGAAAUACCACAACGGGAAACGAGUAUUCUAAAGGGUAGACAAAGGCAAACUAUAGGUACAAUAUCACAGCCACAAAUUCAACCAAUUAUACAACCUCGUAAACAUGUGAAAUCAACUUCAGUAGUAGCAGCACACUCCGAAAAGGUGUCCAAAUCGCUAAAGUCUUCAUUGAAUAAGAAACGGAACCUCAAUACUAACGGAGUAAAGGCUUCUAUUAUAUCUCAUGUGCAGUUCUUGCCUCCUAAUAAAAUUCUUUUGUCACCACAGAUAAAUGGACAGAGAGCUCACAUGCCACAGCUCGCAGUUAAUCUGACCAGUAUAUCAGAAGCUUCAGUUGCUCAAACGCCAAUUGGCUGUCAGAAUCAACCACAAGCUAUCGACAUGAGCAUUCCCUUUGGGCAUAAGAAGAUGAGCACGGAAAUAGCAACCGAUACUACUGAAGUCAUCGCAUCCUCCUCCGAGGACAUUUUUGUUAAUUACAAUACAGAAUUUAUUCAAUUAAAAAAUAACCGAAAUCUGGAAGACAUUAUGGAUGAGGAUAUGGAGUUGACGGCCCAGCCGACUUGUAAUGGCGCCAAUCUCGACCUGUUUUUAAAAGAAGCCGUGCAAAAUUUCGAAAAAAACGGAAACAAUUUUGAUGGGGAUCCAAUUGAUAGUUGUCUGCGGAAUUUCAAUAGUAAGACGCCAAGUGAAAUAGAUAAUGAAAUUGCAAAUACUUCUGCAUUUUUUGAUAAAUUGCCUAACUUAAAUGCUGUCGACGAGAAAACGCCACUUGAGCUAGAUGCGGAAUUGAAUAAUACGCUAAUCUAUGAUGACGAUGACGAAGAUUUAAUAUCGGUAGCGACUUCUUGGGAUGGCAUGGAUGAUGAUACCUUUGCGGACAAACAAAGUAGCACAAAAGAGAAAACCAUUCCGCGACCUCUAAAUGCAAUAUAUGUAGCAACAGAACAGCAAGAACAGGAACAGUCAGAGUCUGCUGAAAAAACUGCAGAGAAUUCGCCAGGAAACUUUCGGAUACCCAAGAAAGUUUCUUUAGAAGAAGGAAAGCCACUGGAAACAUCUACAUCGCUUCGGGAGCAGCCCGUUGUCAUGCAGGCCUUGUAUAUGCAGUCGUCCUUUAAUGAUGCAAAACGCAGAAAUGCAAAACACAAAAGAAUUUCUACAUUCGCUUCAGCAUCAGACCGACCUUUAAAUUCUUGCGAGCAAGUAGAACCGCAAACAUUAUCAGAUAAUCGGCGUCUAAAUUGUUUCAACAACGUGGAACAGUCAGCUCCGGUCUUUCCUCUACCCUACCGCCUGGACGUCGUACAGCCAGUCUGUCAACCAAAUGUUACUGAGCCUUUUAGUUUCAUACCACGAGCACCUUCGCCCAAUUCACAUUCUCGGAAUAUUAUGCAGCCCUUGCUUAAACAUUGGGUACAUGAAAUUUUUGGUGUUAAAUGCUACAUUAAUUUAGACAAUGCAUGCAGCAAUGCCGAUUGUAAUCAUUCGCUUAGUCUUCCGGGUGACGUAAUGAGUAAACUCAGCAGGAUGGGCAAUUUGGAUUUAAUUAUUGCCUAUAGGCACACUAUACGCAAUAAACUCUUCUUCCAGAACUAUUUUCAUUUAUUCGCCGACAUCUUUAGUUCUAGAAAAAUGGCAUCAAAUCUUAUACAUAUGGUCGGAGCAUGUGCUAACUAUAGGAGAUUAUGUGCACCACAAAUUCAACAUAUUUAUGCUUGUAUGUGCCAAGAAAUGACGCCUGAUGUUGCGACUUCCAUAUUAAUGACCAAUUUAUGGUUUCCGGCAGAAGCAGUCCAGUUUCCAGAUUUGUCAAAUGAGCUUUUAAAGAUUUUAGCUGCAUCCAAUUGGUAUGAUUAUACUGAUUCUCUAGUGCAGCUAUUUUAUAAUCCAAACUUUAAAGUACCACAUGAUUUUUUGAACCACAUUAUACAAGAUACUUUGCGCAAAAACACUCCAUUAAUACUGAGUGCUGUUUGGAAGCUGAUAGUGGUCUUGCCAUUCGAAACAUAUUUGGAUGAAUACAAAAACACCCUCGUAAGUUUGCGUAACCGUACAAUACAACGACAAUAACAUUAACAUUACGGACAUUUUUUGUGUGAGUUUAAAAUACCUUCUUCAAAAGGUACAAUGUUGACUCUAUAAGAUUAGUUGUAAAUAACAUAGUUCGUUAUGUUUCUCAAUAAAAGUCUCUAUAUC